AUGGAUUAUGCCCCACUCAUCGAGAAACGUCGCGAACGACUAGCUGAAAUCGAAGAACUCAUCAGCGAUCCGCAAUUUUACAGUAAUCAGAAAAAAGCCUCCAGCACCAUGCGUGAGCAUCGCUCUCUGAAGCGUUUACUCGAGACCUGGGAUAAGCUCGAAAACACCAUCGAAGAAAUCAACGGCAAUGAAGAAUUAGCCAAAGGUGAUGACGCCGAACUCGCCGAGAUGGCUCAGGCCGAACUCCCUGACCUCAUUGCCAACCGUGAAAAACUCAGCGAAGAAAUCCAAUACGCCUUACUCCCCGCCGAUCCCACCGAGGAUCGUGAUGCCCUCGUCGAAAUACGAGCAGGAGCAGGCGGCGAUGAAGCCUCUCUCUUUGUCGGCGAAGUGAUGAAAAUGUAUCAGCGACACGCGGAAAUACAGGGUUGGAAAUGCGAACAUCUCGAGAGCAGCCCGUCCGAAGUCGGUGGCUUCAAAGAAGUCAUCCUCAAGGUCUCCGGAGAAGAAGUCUUCCGCUACCUCAAAUAUGAAAGCGGCGUGCACCGCGUGCAGCGCGUUCCCGCCACCGAGACCCAAGGCCGCAUCCACACCUCGACCGUAACCGUCGCCGUCAUGCCCGAGGCUGAAGAAGUCGAUAUCCAACUCCACCCUGAUGACCUGCAGAUCCAAGCCACCCGCUCAGGCGGACCCGGCGGUCAGCACGUCAACACGACCGAUUCCGCCGUGCAAAUCACCCACCUCCCCAGCGGCAUCCAAGUCAAGUGUCAGGACGGCCGCAGUCAGACACAAAAUAAAGAAAAAGCCCUCGAAAUUCUCCGCGCCAAGCUCUUCGAACAUAAACAACGAGAAGAAAACGAGAAAUACUCCGCCCAACGCCGCUCACUCAUCGGCUCCGGCGAUCGAUCCGAAAAAAUUCGCACUUAUAACUUCCCGCAAUCACGAAUUACCGAUCACCGCAUCAACCACACCUCUCACCAGAUCGAAGCCAUCCUCAGCGGCGAUAUUUCUGAAUUCACUGAACAUCUCCAAAAAGCGGAAAUGGAGCAAAGACUCGCUGACGAAGGUCUAUCAUAA